ACAUUGAAUACGUGUCUACUACAGGUGGACUUCAUGCGGUAUAGAGUAAGGAGAAGGUCACUCAGUACUCGGCAGAGAAAGUAAAACACUGUCAUGGAACUUCCGAAGUACAGGAUUCUGCUGCACACCCAUCUGGUCGCGCAUGCGAGACAUUCAACCAUCUGGGAAUUGGAAAGUAAAAAGAAGCUGGGUCUUGGCUAUACAAGCGUCGAAGACGUCAAGCGCAAAGUGAGGCCUUCGGAAUGGACCACAUUAGGCAACUUUCUGAAGGAGGUGAACAAUUAUAUCAGGUUGCUCGUUGGAGACCGAGAAGCCAUGACCCGCAUAGCUUACGAGGCUGCCGAAGACCAGGCUAAGCAGGGCAUCAUCUACAGCGAAGUCCGACUCUUCCCCCACAGCACGGCAACGGACUAUACCGACGCCAAAGGCUACGAGGGAGCUCCAUCGACGCUCAAAACUGCGCGUGACGUCAUUGAUGCCGUACUAACCGGGUUCCGGAAGGCGGAAGCCCAAUACGACAUACAGUUGCGGCUUAUCCUGGCUUGCUUCAGAAAUAAGCCUGAAUGGACGCGUGAGAUUUUGGACUUGGUGGAGGAGUACGAGGACAGUGGUGUGGUUGGCAUCGACGUUUGUGGUGUCCUCGGGCAGCAAUGGAAUGAGACGGACGGGGAAGAGAUUUUAGACCCCGAAGUUAUUAGCACGUUUCAGGAAGCAGCGAGACGCGGCAUCCAUCGCACGGCGCAUGCUGGUGAGGCUGGUCCCCCCCACAACAUCAAACGAGCCAUCGAGGAGCUCAAGGCGGAACGAAUCGGCCAUGGUUACUCGGCCAUAGCCGAGGCCGGUGAGGCCUAUAACCUGGCACUGAAUUAUGGCAUCCACUUCGAACAAAACAUCACCAGCAGCUAUAUGACUGGAGCUGUUAAAGUGGGACAGAUACAUCCUAUAAUGAGACUGAUCGAAGACAAAGCAAGCUUCUCAAUCAGCUACGACGGUCCCGCCAUCACUCAAGUCACCAUGGAUCACGAAUACCAGUUCUUACUAUCGAUGGGAGCGAGCGUAUCGGACGUAAUCGAUUCGAAUCUGUCGGCCAUCGCAGCUUGCUUCCUGCCAGAGAGAGAGAAACGGGAUCUGAUGGGAAAGUUUAAGCUCUUGAACGGACUCCUGCAUUAUGAACCCACGAAAUAGACCUCGGAACUAACCGGAACGGUAAACAGGUUGCCAUCACCAACGUGGACAUCGUGAAUUUCGCAUCAAAUGGAGAAUGCUCGCAGGUGUGAUGCGAAACGGGGGAGAAUAAACGUGCUUUUCAUAACGCA